CCCAAGUGUCCGCUCAACCCGCUCGCGGGGGACGAGCUGUGAGCGGUGCCUGCCGCCUGUUGAUCCCAUUUCCUCCGGCUCUAGUCCGGGUUAGGGAGUGGCUCUCCCAGGACUUCCAGUUUUCGUGCUCGGGCACUGGUGUUCACACGGCUCCAGUGUAUUGUUUUCUUCCAGGCAGUCUCGGUUAGCGCUUCAGCUUAGAUAUUUAUUUUGCAUUCUGUCGUCUCGGGCUGCGGGUACUUGCUCGUCUCUGCGCGCUCUCCACGCCCUGGCCAGUUUCCUGUCAGCCAAAGGGAUCGCUCUUUCUGAACCAAAAGUUCUCAGAGCCGAGUGGAACCUCCCGGAAAAUGCUCUUCUCUUCCGUGUGCGCCGGAUGGGAGUGGGGGUGGGCCAGAAACUAAAGGCCACGGUCGGGAGAGCUGAAAGGACCCGAACCCCUAGACGGAGGCGGGAGAGGGCGGUGCUGUGUCCCCGCAGGAGUCGGAGAGGAUGGCGGGGGCCGGCGGCCAGCACCACCCUCCGGGCGCCGCGGGAGGAGCGGCCGCCGCGGCCGGCGCCGCGGUCGCCCCCGCCACUGCCUCGGCCGGGCCCGGAGAGGAUUCGUCCGACAGCGAAGCGGAGCAAGAGGGACCCCAGAAACUGAUCCGCAAAGUGUCCACUUCGGGGCAGAUCCGGACCAAGACCAGUAUUAAAGAGGGACAGCUGUUGAAGCAAACCAGUUCUUUCCAAAGAUGGAAAAAGCGAUACUUCAAACUUCGAGGUCGUACACUUUAUUAUGCAAAGGACUCAAAGUCUCUGAUAUUUGAUGAAGUUGACCUCUCAGAUGCCAGUGUAGCUGAAGCAAGCACAAAAAAUGCUAACAACAGCUUCACGAUAAUCACUCCAUUCAGAAGACUAAUGCUUUGCGCUGAGAAUAGGAAAGAGAUGGAGGAUUGGAUCAGCUCACUGAAGUCUGUACAGACCAGAGAAACUUACGAGGUGGCCCAGUUUAAUGUGGAACAUUUCUCAGGGAUGCAUAACUGGUACGCCUGCUCCCACGCCCGACCCACUUUCUGUAACGUCUGCCGAGAGAGUCUUUCUGGGGUCACCUCCCAUGGCCUGUCCUGCGAAGUAUGUAAGUUCAAGGCUCAUAAAAGGUGUGCAGUGAGAGCAACAAAUAACUGCAAGUGGACGACCCUGGCCUCCAUCGGGAAGGACAUCAUAGAGAACGAGGAUGGGCUGGCUAUGCCCCACCAGUGGCUCGAGGGUAACUUGCCCGUGAGCGCCAAGUGCGCUGUCUGUGAAAAAACGUGUGGCAGCGUUCUCCGUCUUCAAGACUGGAGAUGCCUUUGGUGUAAAACGAUGGUACACACUGCCUGCAAAGAUUUAUAUCAUCCUAUAUGUCCACUUGGCCAAUGUAGAGUAUCUGUCAUACCUCCAAUUGCACUGAACAGCACCGAUUCUGAUGGUUUCUGUAGAGCAACAUUUUCAUUCUGUGUUAGUCCUCUAUUGGUUUUUGUCAAUUCUAAGAGUGGAGAUAAUCAGGGAGUAAAGUUUCUUCGCCGAUUUAAACAGUUACUAAAUCCAGCUCAGGUGUUUGAUUUGAUGAAUGGCGGUCCUCAUUUAGGUUUAAGAUUAUUCCAGAAGUUUGACAAUUUCCGGAUUCUUGUUUGUGGAGGAGAUGGAAGUGUAGGUUGGGUUUUGUCAGAAAUUGAUAAGCUCAACUUGAAUAAACAGUGUCAGCUGGGAGUACUGCCUCUGGGUACAGGAAAUGACCUUGCCCGGGUUCUUGGCUGGGGAGGCUCAUACGAUGACGACACCCAACUUCCUCAGAUACUUGAGAAGCUGGAACGAGCCAGCACCAAAAUGUUGGACAGGUGGAGUAUAAUGACCUAUGAACUCAAAUUGCCAGCAAAGGCUUCUCUACUUCCAGAACCUCCAGAAGCAUCUGAAGAAUUUUAUAUGACAAUUUAUGAAGACUCAGUUGCAGCUCAUCUUACAAAAAUCCUCAAUUCUGAUGAACAUGCUGUGGUCAUAUCAUCUGCCAAGGUACUUUGUGAAACUGUAAAGGAUUUCGUUGCCAAAGUAGAGAAGGCGCAUGAAAAAACGUUGGAAAAAGCUGUUGCAGCUGAUGCCGUGGCCAAUAAAUGUUCAGUUCUAAAUGAGAAGCUUGAACAACUGCUCCAGGCUUUGCACACAGAUUCCCAGGCUACUCCGGUUCUCCCGGGCAUCAGCCCUCUCAUUGUAGAAGAAGAUCCUGUGGAAUCUUCCAGCGAAGAAUCCUUGUGUGAAAGCAAGGAACAACUCUUGGAUGACACUACAAAACCUUCCUCCCAGAAAACUGUCAAACCAAAAGAAAUAAUGCUGCGGGCAAACAGUUUAAAGAAAGCAGUGAGGCAAGUCAUUGAAGAGGCCGGAAAAGUGAUGGAUGACCAGACAGUUCACUCCUCUGAACCAGUUAAUCAAUCAUUUGAUUACGAUAGCACAGAAACAGAUGAGUCUAAAGAUGAAUCAAAAGAAGAUGAUGCAAAAGCGUCAUUAACUGUUAAAACUGCACCUCGGUCUCCAGAUGGCCGGGCAAGUCGUUCCCAAACUGACUCUGGCUCUGGUCCUGCUGUGGCAGCCAGUAAAGAAAACCUCCCAGUGCUCAAUACCAGAAUAAUCUGCCCAGGUUUAAGAGCAGGACUAGCUGCCUCAAUUGCUGGGAGUUCGAUUAUCAACAAAAUGUUACUAGCAAAUAUUGAUCCUUUUGGUGCAACGCCAUUUAUUGACCCAGAUCCAGAUUCAGUAGAUGGAUAUUCAGAAAAAUGUGUCAUGAACAAUUACUUUGGGAUUGGAUUAGAUGCAAAAAUUUCAUUAGAAUUUAAUAAUAAGAGAGAGGAGCACCCUGAAAAAUGCAGGAGCCGAACUAAAAACUUGAUGUGGUAUGGAGUCCUUGGAACCCGGGAGUUAUUACAGAGAUCGUACAAGAAUUUGGAACAGAGAGUUCAACUUGAGUGUGAUGGGCAGUAUAUUCCUCUCCCCAGUCUGCAAGGGAUAGCAGUGUUGAACAUUCCCAGCUACGCCGGAGGCACUAACUUUUGGGGUGGAACUAAAGAAGAUGAUAUAUUUGCUGCACCAUCAUUUGAUGAUAAGAUCCUGGAAGUCGUUGCAAUAUUUGAUAGCGUGCAAAUGGCAGUUUCAAGGGUCAUUAAACUGCAACACCAUCGAAUAGCCCAGUGCCGUACAGUAAAAAUCACUAUAUUUGGUGAUGAGGGAGUCCCAGUGCAGGUGGAUGGCGAAGCAUGGGUUCAGCCUCCAGGGAUUAUCAAAAUUGUGCACAAAAACAGAGCUCAGAUGCUCACAAGGGACAGGGCCUUUGAAAGCACUCUGAAAUCUUGGGAAGAUAAGCAGAAGUGUGAUUCUGGUAAACCAGUCCUUCGAACGCAUUUGUACAUCCAGCAUGCAGUUGACCUGGCGACAGAAGAGGUGUCUCAGAUGCAGCUGUGCUCACAGGCCGCAGAGGAACUCAUCACCAGGAUUUGUGAUGCAGCCACCAUCCACUGUCUUUUGGAGCAAGAGCUGGCGCACGCAGUGAAUGCAUGCUCCCACGCACUGAACAAAGCCAACCCACGCUUCCCAGAGAGUCUUACGAGAGACACUGCCACUGAAAUAGCCAUCAAUGUGAAGGCCCUAUAUAAUGAAACAGAGUCUUUACUAGUUGGCAGGGUUCCUUUGCAGUUGGAAUCUCCACAUGAAGAGCGGGUAUCCAAUGCUUUGCAUUCCGUGGAGGUGGAGCUACAGAAAUUAACAGAGAUCCCUUGGCUUUAUUAUAUCUUACACCCAAAUGAGGAUGAGGAGCCCCCCAUGGAUUGCACCAAGAGAAACAGCAGAAGCACGGUAUUUCGUAUUGUGCCCAAAUUCAAAAAGGAAAAGGUUCAGAAGCAGAAGACAAGUUCACAGGCUGUUCAGAAAUGGGGAACAGAGGAAGUUGCUGCUUGGCUGGAUCUGCUCAAUUUGGGAGAGUACAAAGAAAUCUUCAUCCGUCAUGACAUCAGAGGGGCUGAACUCUUGCAUCUGGAAAGGCAAGAUCUUAAGGACCUGGGGAUACCGAAAGUGGGUCAUAUGAAGCGAAUUCUCCAGGGAAUUAAAGAGCUUGGAAGGAGCACACCCCCAGUCUGAGGUGUAAUCAUAUUGGUGCUAUUCCUUGGAAGGAAAGUAAUUGCUACUUAAUACAAAGUCCUUGGGAGCCAUUGGCUGUUCUUGUAGUUUUCUGCCUAGAUAAGUAAGCACCACUGAGGCACCUCUAUGGCUUGAUAUGGGUGAAAAUUUUGAUUUGAGGUAUUAGAAAUACUUUGUGCCAAAAAAAUACAUUCCACAAAGCCAUUUUCUUAUUGUGCAAGCCUGACACAUUCAAAUAUGCUCAUAUUAGUAAAAAGGUGGGAGGAAUCUGAGACAAUUGCAUUGUCCAAAAGGUGGAAUUGCAUAAUGUUUACUUUCCUUUAACCUGGUCAGAUGGAAUGUUCUUACCGUGCAACCACAUAACAAUAUGUAGCUGAUAUUUCUUGGUUUUCAUUAUUGGAGGCAUUGGCUUCUUACUUAAAAUCACUGGCUAGAAGACUAAGAUGUAAAUUAAGUGGUGUUUUGAAUUGGUAUCACCUCAGAUUCCUAGCUCUCAGUGGUCAAAGAAUAUAGUUAAAACCCCUCAAAUACUAUGAAUGAAUGCAAAUCUUAAUGCACGAUGUUCCUGCCUGAAUUGUCUUUCUGUUUCUUGCAUGUCACAUUUAAUAUGUAACACUUAGCUUUAAUGUCAGUUUUAAUGGAAUUUAAUUUAUUGCUACCUAAGUACCUUUUGGUUGGCUAAAGGCACUUUUCUGUUCUUUGAUGUGGAAUUUUGCAUAAAUAUUCUAUAUCUAAGAAUUUGUGAACAUGUCUGUGCCCUAAUCAACAAAUGAUAUAUAUCUUAUGCAAGCCAACUUUAUACCAACCUAUCAUAAGCAGUAGGUGUGCACAUUAAGAAAAUUCUCUGGAUAUUUUCAUAAAAUUAUAUGUUCUGUUGCCUAACAAAACUUAUUAUAGCUCUCCGUACCAAAAUUCCCACAUUCUGUUUUAAAUUUUUCAUUUCAAUUAAAUAAUUAUUUAAUACUCUGUUUGCAUCUAUAAUAUAGCAGACUUGUUGACAUCCAGGAAUUUCCCCAACGUCUCAACUGGGAUUGGUAUACUGAUUGGCCACCCAGACUCACCCACUAGCUAAAGGGACUCCUGACACAAACUUCCCAACAAAAGAGAUUUAAGUUUUUUCUUAAGGGCUUUCCAUUAUUUAUUAUUAUCUAACUUAAUUCUUAUAUCCUAUCAGGUAGAUAUUAUUUUCCUUUUUGUAAACCACUAUACUUCAGUCUAGCGCAUGAGGAGUCAACAUUACAAUGAUCAAAAUCUUUGAAAGCCAAAGGCAUACAUAUCAAAAAGUCACAAAAAUGUCCUUAAAUAAAUUUUCUUUAGACAUUAUAUACCAAAAAAUUAAUUCUAAUGUUUAAAAAUCUUCUAUAUAAGCGAAGUAAACAGGGUACUGACCCAGUGGUAACAAUUUUCAUAAAGUAGCCUUCUAGGUAGGUGCUCAAAAGAUAUACAUAUAUACACAUAUACAUUUAUAUGUACAUUCACACUUAUGUACAUGUAAUCUGAAAUAUACUCUCAUUGAUAUUUUCUAGACAUUUAUUUGCCAGAUGCUUAAAGAAAAAUAUUGAUGGGACAACAUUUAAAAUGAGCUAUUGUCCGACAUAUAAUUUAAUUAUAUCAAAAGGGUUUAAAUAUUUGAUGCUUAUCCUUAUUUAUAGCUUGAGUAUUUACUAGUAAAAAUUACAAAAUUUGGGCAUCUGAAAAAUAAAUGAAACUUGAUGGGUUCCUGACCAAGUGUGUCCGACUAUAUAUUUUACCUAAGUUGUGAAUAAAUGGAAAUUUUCCAGAGCGAAUUGUAUCAGGUAGCUUGAAAGAGCAAAGAGCUACUCACUAUUUUAAUGUUAUCCACACCUGUGAAAUCAAAGGUCUUCCUUUCCAGUCCCUUUUAGAGUCCCUCACCCUGAAAGUAUCCUGCUCUUUCAAGCACUUCCCUGUAAAAAAAAAAAAAAAAAAAAAGCACUUCCCUGUGAAAUCAAAAUAGGCAGACCAGGUUCUCAGAACUCUCUGCUGAACUUGCAGAUCCCUGUUCACAAAAAAAAAAAAAAAAAAAGGAAUGGUGGAGGCAAGGGGGCAAGAAAUCCUAGAAAAGAAUGAAUUAAUGCAAAAAUCGUGACCAAUUUUCACUCUCCCCAAAUUCUCCUUUGCCAAUAGGAAAGAUUAUCUAAUUCUCACAUGUUCAGAAUUUAAGAGUAAGAUGUAAAUGAUUAGAUUUUGUAUUUGAUGUUGCUUUUUCACUCCUGAGUAACAUCCCUUAUAUAUGUUGAACCUCAGUUCACAGAAUCCUUAGCUAGAAUUUUCCAGCAAAUGGGUUUUGGAUGAGGGAAAUUCUUUAAAAUGACAAUUUUGAUCUUUUUGAUUAAAUAAGAGCAUUUUUCACUGUAUGCAUUGUCUGUGCAUAGCUAUGUAGGACCCAAAGGACAUCACUCACGCCUGUUUGCCAGGAUGGUGCCCUCAGAGGCUCCAGAGGUCACUGUCAGCCUCGCAGAGGAAUCAGCUUCUCAUGGUAGAUGGGGUUACAACAAAGAUAGGAAGAGCUUCUCCACAUGGCCUGAUCCCAGCUCUGGGGAGUGCAGGUGGGGCCUCUGUGCCUUGGUCCAUGCAUAAGCUGAGGUGAGAAGCUCAAGCCUGGGCCUGAUUGCCAGCUGUAAUUGCCAUCUUUCCUCCCCACCAGACUCUCCUGCAUGUAGAUAAUUUGGGGGUGCUGGAGGGGAAUCACAGCGAACAUCCACUUCCUUUCAUUUUCCUUCACUUCUCGUUUUCCUGAGGAACAACUUACUUGUCAAGAAAGGGACAGGGUCAGGCCUAAAUAAAAUUUCAGAGUACUCAAUUUUUCUCUUCACCUGUCCCUCCACCUCACUUUCUGAGUUUCUUGCUUACUUCCUGGCUUCCCAUUUUUCCACGUGCCCAAUAGAGAUGGUUGCUCAAAUUCUCACUGCCACGUACUACCCUUUCCUCACCAACUGUCCCACUACAAACUGACUCAUUUUAUCUUGCCCCACCUUAGCACCCACUGUGGGUCAUCUAGCCAAGUGUUAGGAAGAAAACAAUUUAAAGAAACUGAUUUUACAGUUUGCAUUUUAUAAAAGGAAACUUACUAAUCUUAAUGAAUUGAUGGAUUAGGUCAUUUGAGGACCAUCACAUAUAUUGCUCUGGCUGAGAAGAGGUGAUCCCUGAAUGUCUAAGAUCUGUGCUGUCCUACAUUGUAGCCACUAGCUCCAUGUGGCUGUUUAAAGUUAAUUUAAUUAGAAAUUUAGUUUCUCAGUUGCACUAGCAACAUUUCAAUCACUCAGUAACCAUAGUGGACAAUACAGAUGUUGAAUAGUUCCAUCACUGCAAAAAUUCUACUGGAUAGCACUGCUCUGCAUCAUUGCUACUCAAAAUGUGGUCCAUGGACCAGCAGCAUCCAUAUCACCUGGGAGCUUAUAGAAAUGCAGAAUCUCAGUCCAUUCCAGCCCUGUUGAGUCAAAAUCUUCCUUUUAAUAAGGUUUGUUGGGUGAUUAGCCCUGGCCUAGAUGCGUUUUUAUCUCUCCUAGGUAGGAGGGAUCUGAGGUCUUUGAAGGUUCUCAGAAUAGCUUGUUGUCCAACCCACUGUUUCCUAUCCCUUCUCCAACUAGUCCCAGAAAUGAGCUGAAACUCAUUCAUCACCCAGCUGAGUUUUCUUCUCAAUCCUUAUUCCUAAUCCAGGUUCUAGAUGAGCCCUACCUACCCAGUAUAUAUUUUGGUUAUAUUUUGGUAGAUUAGGUGGCACACAGGAGAUUGGCCAACACAACUGGCCUCUCUCCAGCCCCUCACCCCAUGUCUAAGUCACUAACAAUCUGCAUUUGCUUAUGUGACAUUCUCAUCUGUUCACAACUUAAGUCACAGGGAACAUUUCAGAAGAAUAUGUACUGAGAUAAGUAAAGACCGGGUUGAUCUCCAACAACUUGUACUUUUCACUUUCGUUUAUCAGUAGAUUAUCCUAUUGACAUAGUUCAUGCUUGAGGACACAUAACAGCAUACACACAUUAAAUGAAUCAUUAGGCAUGCAAAAAAGAGAGAGAGAGAGAGAGAGACCCAAAAUGAUUACAAGUAAGGUGAAUGUGUCAUUAAGACCCUAAAAGAAGGCAUGUUUUGCUAGACUAAAAUCUGGCUUUCUUAUUAUGCUAACUUAUCCUGAUUUUCAGAUAGUUAAUAAUUCCUUAAAAUAGUGCCUGAAAAAUAGUAUAUUCUUGACCCUCAAAAUACAAAUUAUUUAAUUCUAUAAUAAGAUCUGUCCCAGUGUGACAUAUGGUCAGUAAGCCUUUACUUAAUUUUUACAUAGUGAUAUAAUUGACCAAAACAUUAUUGCCUAGAGAUUCUUUAGCUAAUUUUAAUGAAUAAAGAGACCACUACUUUAAUCUCCAUAGAAGUUAUUUGUAACAGGAAUUGAGGGAGGAAAUACCCAUGCAAAACUAUGACUUAGAAAAUUAGAGUGGAAACGUCUCUACAUCAUUUCUAAAGUAAAUUACCUGUUAUCUCCCACUGGGUUGACAACAUAGUGGACUUUUCUGUUGUAUAGAUGUGAAUUCUUUAAAGAUACCGCUUUUUAUUGAGCUAUAAAAACAUUACAUCUUUCAACCUUGACAUCUAGGAUCUCUCCUGCUCGCUCCUUCCAAAAUGAACUUAUCUUGCAUUUUUCAAAUGCAGGUUGGAUGAAACAAUGGGUUUAGAGAUUGAUGAUGUUAGUGGCAGUUCUUUAAAUCAGCUGAAAAGAGUAAGAAGUGAAGAUUCCUCAAUAUUACUGGUCAAUGGAAUAGCUUCCCAAGUGGUUUCCAGAGCUUGACUGCCAUGCCUCUGCUCUCACCCAUGCCAAGUGCCAUGGGGCCUGGGGCUUGUUUCUCUCUGCUAUGGCAUCUCCCCAGUGACUUGUAUAGCAAUCUCUGUGUCAGUUGGGUAAUAUGUUGCCUUUGCAAUAGGAUGCCUUCUAAAGAAACAAGCAAAACUUUAAAGAGACAGUGAUUAUUGAUUUUUAUAAUACACAAAGCAUUAAUUUUUAUUAUUAUUGUUUCCUCUUUAUUUCCUCCAAGUUUGUUGAGAGACAUCUCCUUUAGAAUAAAAAACUGUAAAAGUUUAUCGUGACAGAGAACCGAGAGAUAAAAGACAGCUGGACUGUACCUAUUUGUAUACUUCUUUCUGUUAUUUUCAGGAAAAGAAGUUUAACAGAGUAACUGAGGCUGCCUUAAACUCAGUAACGAUGUUUAAGAAAAACCCCAUAUUACUAAUAUAGAUGAACAGGUUAAUUCCCUUUAUGUAAUUAAGAUUCUAUUUACAUAUAUUUAUAUCCUCUCCCUCUUAAUUUUGUAUGCACUUCCAAGUUUUAGUUGGAAAAAUAGAAACCAAGCCACUACUUAAACGUUAUAAAAACUCCACAUAAAAUAUUUCAUUUUAGCUACAAGUUAUUCAUUGUAUAGGAAUUUAUGAAUAGUCUGGAUAUUUCAUAGAACCACAUAUUCGAGAGCAAGUUAAUCAAACCUAAAGGAACAUAGGGUUACUUUCUAAAUGGAUUAACGUAAGCUUCAUACUCAAUUGAUAAUGCCACUGAAGUAGGAUAAUGCAGUUAGAUAUACAAGCUAAAAAGGAAAACAAAUAUAUUUGUUGUCCUUACUGUUUGCACUAUUGUUUGCCACUGCUUAGCCAUAUCUGUUUCUAUAUUCUAAGUAUUAAGCUGAUAUGUAGCUAAAGAUUUCUUACAGUUCUGGUAACUGGUAACUAGUGCUGUGAAAGGUUUUGGCGUUGUAACAUUCCCAGUUUUGUGAGUUAUAUAUUGUAUAUUGAAGAUGACUAAUAAAUUGGAGUAAUAUAUUUAUCUAGAGCUGGGAAAAUAUAAUUAUUUUCAAAUCUUCAAGUAAGUUGUAUCGAAUUUUUUCUUCCUCUUAAGUGAAAUGAAAGUCUCAGUUUUACAUUAAAAUGUCUAUUUAUACAACAGGUUUCUCCUUUUACUGGUUUUAUUAAUUUUCAUAUUAAAAUUUUUCUUAUCUUUUUAUACUAAAAAACUAGUCACGCUGGUGAUUGAAACUGCCAAGAUAUAUUUUAGUUUGUAGGACUUCUGGCAGACAAAGUAUUUAAUAACAAACCAGCUUUGUAUAUUUUGUGGCUUUGGGGGCAAGUAUUUUACCUUUUGAAUCUCUAUGCGAGGCAGUGCUGAUAUCAGCAAAGUCAGUAAUAGACAGUAUUACUCAUAAUCAUCAGUAGAAGGUUUUUACAAGUUGUAUAAAUCAGUGCAUUUAUUUAUUAUGUCGUGAAAUUUAAUCUUUAUACAAAAUGCAUAUUCUAGAUCUUUUCUUUGUUACUGCUGUUGCUUAGAGUGUAACGGCUCUGUUAAUGAUUUACUUAUGUACUUGAAGUACUCAUUUCUGUCAAACAGAUGCCCAGUUUUUUUCCAUGUAAAUAUCUGAUUCUUUACCAUCAUAGAUAACUGAAAAGUAAUAGGGAGUUUAUUAAAAAAAAAAAUUUCAUGUUUAAAAUAAAUAUGGAAAAAGGCAUAAAGCCAAAAAUGAAAUCACCAAUAUUAAGUAUUUACUGUAACCAAGGGAUUCAUCAUGCUAUAUUUUGCCAAUAUAUAUUUUAUCUUCAAGUCAGGACUGCUUUUCUGUAGUAAAUAUUCAAUUUUUGUUGUAAAAGAGAUCUGAGUGCUUAUACUGCCAAUAUGACAUUUGAAUGAACAUUAAAAAUCUUGAACCCUCCAAAUUUCACAUACCUCCAGCUCUAGGUUUCAGGAUGUAUAUUUUUAACAGGUUUGCAUUUGACUCUGGGCUGCUUUAGUCCGAGUACCUAUGAGGAAUAAUGGUUUGUCUGUUUCCGUCAAUUAAGUCAGUGGGAUUUUAAUUGAGUUUUGAAUUAUUUCUGUUUUAAAAUAUUCUCUCUUCAACUUUUAAAAAACUAAAAAUGUUAAACAUAAUAGCACAACAUACCACACAGAAUAAAAUCACGUUUUCAAGGAAGAAAAAUAACUGUUCUGGUUUACCAUGAGGCUGUGUCAUAUAUCAAAGAAAUCACUUUAAUAAGCCCUAAAUUCAACUGUUUUAUUGUUUUACAGUGUAAGCAGUAGAUGAAUUGUAAGCUAUUUAAGAACUAUAGUAGAAGAUUAAGAAUUAAUUUACUGCAAUUUAAAAGACAUAGAGUUUUAUAUUAAUUUUAUUGUUGCACAAGCAAUUAUUGAAGGCAGGAAAAAAGAAAAUAUAUGAGAAACAUUAUAUGGAAAUUAAAGGAAAAAGGAGCUUGGUAAUUUGUGAAAGUUUUGGAAAUCAAGAGUUUGAACAUAGGUAUCUUUCAGUUUAUAUUAUAAAAAUGCAAAACGUGUGAGAUGUAUGGUGAGCACAAAACCACAAAAAACAAAAAAAUGUCACACUGGUGAAGUCUGGGAUUGUAUCUGUAUCUUUUCAAAAUAACCAGUGAGUUUAGGGAGCCCAUUCUACUGUUGAAAUUUCGAAGUCAAUUAAGCAGGUAGUUUGGAUAACCUGAUAUUUGUGUUUAUUACAUGAGGCAAAUGUCUGUGUUUUCUCAACUUAGUAAGUGAUGUAGGGAGAACUAGUCAGAAGGGCUUAGCAACUUCACAGAGAAGAACUCUGGUAAAUGUAGGUCAGACCAGACCAUAAAGAGUAAAGAGAUUGAUUUUCAUGAACCUUUCAAGGCUUAGAGCCUUGAAAUUUGUUAGCAAGGAUGGAUUUUCCUUUCAUUUGAAACAAUAAAAAAGUAUUCAAAUUUACAAUAUUAUAAAUAGCUAAAUUCUGUGAUUCUGGAGAUGGGAAUAUGGUUUAGGUUUAUCGGGUUCCUCAACUGACUUUGGCACUGGCUCACUGUGUCCUUACUACGAGCUAGAUGUUUUGGUGCCUUGGUUUCCCUAAUUAGAAAUGGCACACAAUAUUAUCAAUUAUAAGUACUUGUUAAUUUUUCUUUUACAAAAGGAACUAGGUAAGUGUGAAUAUACUUAAAUUUACUGCUUCUUUCCCACUGUCAUUUUAGAUGUAUAGAAAAGCUUCCCAGACUUUAUCCCAUCACAUGAAAAUUAAAAGCCCAAAUUAAUAUCCCUUUCUGUUCAUUUUAAAAAUGAGUGAAGUUACAUUAGUACUAUCAGCACCAGAGAAGGUUAUGGGUAUGUUCAUCUGUGUACUACAGGUUCAUAUUAUUCAUUUUAGUAUAGGCUAAAAACUCGCUUCUAAAAUCUUCAGAAAUUUAGAGUAACUUAAUUUUUUCACACUCACCCCAGACAACAAUUUUAUAAAUAUAUAUUUAGCUAAGACUUUCACAUCUUUUCUUAGAUUAACUCCCCAAAGAGGAAAAUGUCUCUUUAAAUCAGCGUUUUUAAAAAAGGAAUACCGGACUCCCUUACCUUGUUUUACUCUGUGACAUCACUUUCUUUCUAUACUAAGUGAAUUCUAAAUGGUUUCCUUGCUGUUUGAUCUGAAGCAUGCAUCACUAUCUACCUUCUUUGGCCAUGGAAUGGUACUCUCUCAUGCAAAGUACCUUCAAAACUUCCUGUAAAGAAACUAAGCUAGAAAUUGUCUUAAUUAUUACCAUAAUGGAAAUCUAAGUACAAUUAAGGGGAAAGAAUUAGAACAACCUAGUUAAAAUUAUUAAAUAUAGAUAAGGGUAAAUGAAUAUUGACUUUAUUUUUCCCUGACAUUUGAAUUCAGUCACUGUCUGAUCCUUGACUUAAAGAUUUCCUUGCUAAAUCUGGUAUUUAUUUACGACAUUGGAGCUCCUGCCACAUCCCCCUCCCCUAAAAAUGCUGGAAUUUUAAGAGGGUGUAAGCUGCAUGACAUAAGGGAAAAGACUGAAUCAGAGCUCAUUCACAUGUAUUUUGAUCUGUCUUAAUGGCACAACUUAGUUUUUAUAAUAACAGAUCUCUAAAUGAUGAUUCCAGAAUGAUUUGGUACAGUGAUGGGAAAAAAUUAUUUUUCUGGAAAUUUGCUUCCCACAAUGACCUGAUAUACAGUUGACCUUAGUAUAAUUAAAAUUAAUUAUCAUUUUAAUUAGAACCUACCCUGUUUACAGAUUUCCAUUGUGCAGCAAUUCUUAAAUAUACAUAAUGAUGAGCAUGAAAGAAUUGCAAACUUGAGCAGUUCUUUUGUUUCCUUGCCUCCUUUUACUUGAAAAGCUUUCAGAAAGCUUUUGAGAGAUGACACAGUUCUCAUAGCAACAUUAUGUGAUUAUGUUUUUCUGCCAAGACACUCAUAAGCUAAAAUAUGGAACAAAACACAGGCUUAACUUAAUCUUGCUUUGGAAUUGUAUAAGCCAAAGCCUUUUCUAUAUCAAAGUGUUUUUUUAGUAUUUAUACAGUUGCAUAUUUUUUGUCCAUCUCAAAAAUUGAAUUGACAUUUUAUGUUGUAUUUCUAAUUAGUUGCAGUAAAGCAAAGCACUAAUGCCUUGGUUCAGACUUUUAUCAGUACAAACCUUUACCAUUUUUCUCUCCUAUGCUUUUAAUUUUUUUUAAUUUAUUUAUUUUAUUUAUUUUUGGCUGCGUUGAGUCUUCUUUGCUGUGUGCGGGUUUUCUCUAGUUGUGGCGAGCGGGGGCUACUCUUCGUUGCGGUGCACGGGCCUCUCAUUGCGGUGGCUUCUCUUGUUGUGGAGCAUGGUCUCUAGGCGUGCGGGCUUCAGUAGUUGUGGCCUGCAGGCUCUAGAGCGCAGGCUCAGUAGUUGUGGCGCACGGGCUUAGUUGCUCCACAGCAUGUGGGAUCUUUCGGGACCAGGGCUCGAACCCAUGUCCCCUGCAUUGGCAGGCGGAUUCUUAACCAUUGCACCACCAGGGAAGCCCCUCUCCUAUGCUUUUGCCAUAGUUUUUCAGCGACCAGUUUUCCUACCUUCAUUCUCCCCUGCCUCUAUUCCAUCUUCCACAUGGUUGACAGAUUGGUCUUUUUAAAACACAGAUUUGUUUUGUCAUGCCUCUGCUAAAAAUUCUUAACUAGACUCUCCCUCCUUUACAGCAUGGCAACCUAACUCCUUAGCGUGAUGGAUAAGGGUCUCCAUGACCUUGCCUCUUCCCACCAUUUUUAGCAUUGUCACCCACCAUUUCCUCUAGAGACCUUUUGUAACCCAGGAGUUUGGAACUUCUCACAGUUCAGUGCUUUGGCAUAAUCACAUGCUGUAGAUCAACUAAUUCAAGACUCAGUUCAAAUUUUACCUUCUAUGACACUCUACCUGACUUCCCAGGCAGGUUAAGUAUUUCAUCCAUGCUCCAUAGUCUCUUGAAACUUCUUCUACUAAAAUAACAUCGCAUUUCAAUAAUUCAAUAUAUAUAUAUAUAUAUAUAUAUAUAUAUAUAUAUAUAUAUCACAUUUCAGUAAUUCAGUAUAUAUGUAUCUGCUUGCCCACAACUGGAUUUAUCUUUGUGGUGUCUAGCUAGCACAUAACAGGACUUUAAUAAAUGUUGAGUGAAUGAAGGUAAUAUAGCACCCAAACUUCUUUGUGUUUUUAUACUUUCACAAAUGAACGCUUAGACUUCCCUGAGAGUCCACAUGAGGGGGAUGUGUAUUCAGAAGCACACAUGGACUCUGGGAGAACCAACAGAAGAGAAACAGUAGGGAAGAGCAGUUGCUUUGUGAAGGAUAAUCAUUUGUUAGCUAUUCAUGAGAAAUAUUUACCAAAUCUGAAUUCUUGUUUCUAAAAUUGAAGCUUAGAAAAUUUUCACAUAACUACCGACUUCUUCUUAUUCAUAAUCCAUAAAUAUGCCCUAAAGAUGAUCUCUCUCUUUGGCAGAUAUUCAGUGUAUACAAUCUACAUAAAUACAUACACUAAUUACCUACACAAAAGAAUGAGACUUGAGAAAGAAUUUUUAAAAAGGUAAUGAAGGUGUAAAUUUCUGAAAAAUAGUUUUCAACCAGAGAUAGAGACUGAAUUUGUGCAAUAUCAGGUCAUCUAUAGUUAAUGAUUAUUUCAUUUUUUAUUAUGCAAAUAUAAGAAGGCUUGUUUGCCACUGUUUUCACCCCGUAUAGAACAUAAAGACUGAAAACUAUUACCUAAGGGUCUGUUUUUUCUUUUGUGAUUCUAUAAAGGCUUUCUACCUUGUCUCCAAAUUAUGAUAAAGGUUAACAUAAAAAGCCCUUUAUCGGAAUUCCCUGGCAGUCCAGUGGUUAGGACUCUGCGCUUCCACUGCAGGGGGCAUGGGUUCAAUCCCUGGUCAGGGAACUAAGAUCCUGCAUGCCACCUGGCAUGCCCCCCCCCCAAAAAAAAACAGCCCUUUAAAGUCAAUAAUUUUAAAAAUUAAAUAAAUCCAUAAUUUGCAUGUAAUUAAAUUAAAUGGCCUCUUACUUCACUCACUUAAUAGAUAUUUUUCUACCUGCUCUACACUUGACAUUUGAUUAAUGCUGGGGAUACAAAGAAAAUAAGACAUAGCUCUUGUCUGAAAGAGUUCAAGUUCGUUUUUAUGAUUCUUCUUCUACAGUUUGUUUAAGAAAUUGGGAGGACAUGUUUUUAAAUCAAGUAUUCUCAGAUUUUUUCAGGGAAGUGGUCACCUUCCACCCAAAAAACUAAAUUCUGUGUCAUAAAUAAGUACUGCCAUUUCUAUGUCCACAGUUUUUGUAUUUUCAGGUCAACCACAAAUAAUUUUUGACCAUCACUUGUCAAGUACAUCUUUCAUCAAUCCUAUAGGACCCCAUUUCCACAGCCAUAGGUGCUAUGUGUGAUCCAAGUGACUAAUGAGUUUGUAGGACACAAGUUCAAUUUUAAGUCCAUUUUAGGAAGGCGUAUAUCUUCAUUAAUGACACACACAGCAAAAUAUAUGAAGUAUACAUUGGGAACCCACAGUAGAGGGAAAAAGUAAAUAGUGCUUUCUGGUAUACUUCAAAGGCUCCACUUGAAGCUGAGUUGAUGUUUCCACCUCAGUUAUUUUUAACGGGGAGUAGGGAGUAAUAAUAUUUAACAGGUAGCAUACUUAUCUAAGCAUAUAGUAAAUCUACUACUGGUAUUUUUGUGCCACAAUGCACUGAUAUAUAGGUAAAACAAAACAAAAAUAUGUGAGUUAUAAAAAAUUAACUUCUCUGACUAUUGAUGGUUAGGCAAUUGGGUUCCUUUAUGAGAAGGAAAAAACUAUUGUCAAUAAGUACGGAAAAAACCUUACUUGUAUGUACACUUACAUUUUGAUAGGCAUAUUUGGAAGUCACCAUUUUCCAUCAGUAUAAAGUAUCAACCAUUUCUAUGUUCUCUAGCAAAAGGAAAUUCUUAGUUUGAUAGAGCUUUACUCUUUGUUCGAUGUUGUGAAAGGACCACAAAAGAAAGAGGCUCAGAAGGCUGGACACUUGACGGUCAUAUUCAGCAUAUUCAUUCUUCCUUUCAGUAAAGAUAAUCAAUCAGUCAUGGGACUUCCCUGGUGGCACAGUGGUUAAGACUCUGAGCUCCCAAUGCAGGGGGCCCAGGUUCCAUCCCUGGUCAGAGAACUAGAUCCCACACGCAUGCUGCAACUAAGAGUUCACAUGCCACAACUAAGGAGCCCACGUGCUGCAACUAACACCCGUCACAACCCCAUAAAUAAAUAUUUUUUUUAAAAGAUAAUCAGUCAUGAUUUACCUCCUAUUUAUCAUCAUGUUGAAAACCUAACAAUAUUGUUCCUUUUGUCCCUUGCAUUGCAGAAGGUAGUUGGGAUCUAGCCUUUGCCAUAUUAUUUAUAGAUAAGAAUUUACUACAUUUUGGUAGUCUGUUUUGAAACUUGUAUCUGAAAGAUGGAGAUCCUAUCUAUUUAUUACACAGUGGGCUCUGUUUGAUGCAGAAAAGAGUGAAACUUUAAACUGCUUAGUACACUUGCCAGUGAAAUAUACCUGACAGAGCAGAGGUUAUAACUUUAGCUCUAAUGACUUUUAAUAAUGGUAAGAAAACGUGAGUUUUGUUUGUUUACAUGCUGUUUACAAUGGCAUAAUUUUUAAAAUAUAUACAAUUGAGAUAUUUAUUGCAUACUAUUUUAAAGAUGUUUUAUGUGUUUUCACCUUUGGAAUAUAUUGUUACAGUUCCUUAUACUGAUAAUUUGGGUGGCUUUGUUAAUGUAGCUAGUAAUUUUUAUGACUACUAAGUGACCAGGUUUCUGUGCCUUUUAUCGUGGGAUGCAUGAUUAUGUAUUUAUUGUAUGGAAGUCACUGAUGCGUGUAUUUUUGUACUUUGCCGAGAGUAAUGGUUGAUCUCGAUGUACAUGAUGAUGAGAGAUGCCUUUUCCAAAGGGCACUGCCUUGAGAUCGUCCUUCUCAAAUAAAAAGAAUGCAUUUGGACAA